GUGACUCUUCGCUUGCUGGAGGGCCCGGAGACAAGCACAGCCAAGGGCAACUUCCUGCCCAGCUGGCUCUACUGGCUACAGUUACCGCGCUACUGCCAGAUCCCGAAGACCAUCGUGCUCUCCCGCACCAGUGCCAGUGGCAGCUUCGGCUUCAGCAUCGUCGGUGGCAACAAUUCCAUGUCCGCCGGCGACCCCGCCUCGCCAACCAUGACGGGUCUGACCAACUCUGUAAGCCUCUUUGCCCUGCCUCUCUCUCUCUCUCUCUGUCUCUCC